AUGCAGACACCUCAGAGUCGCAAUGAUGUUCUGUGGUCAGCAGCAAGAUCAUGCAACAUACGAUCGUUGAACCAUACAUGCCAUCAUCGUCACAGUAUUUUUCAACCUCCACUUCCCGUCCCUCGUCCACAGACACCAUACAAUUCGUCCAAUCCCCGAGUCAAGUGGCUAAAGCUCAUGCCUUAUGGCUCGGAAGUUGGUGGUGGGACCAACUUACCAAGAGACCGGCCUCACGGUUCGUCUCAGAUCAGGUUGGCUUCUCAGCUCGGUUCAACAAAGGCUCCCGGAGUCCCAGCCAGCUUCUCAGAACUGGUCCCUAAAUUGAUUGACGUGCAUGUCCGGGUCCGGCUCCGACACAAUUUUCACGCCAUAAUCUCCGCUGCUUUCUCUCUUGCUCUCUCCUAUUCUCUCGAUCUCCCAAUGAUCCCUUUCUCUUGUCUGUGCCACUCUCCCCACCCAUUCCCCAGGUCUUGA